AAACCCCACCUUCAAAAAGUCUACCUUUCGACCAAAUUAUAAACCCCCAAAUUCCUAAACAUCCAAGAAAAACCUAACUAUUUCAUCUUCUUUCAAUUUUAGUUCUAAAAGGGUUUUAAAGAUCUGAUCAAGUUUAGGUUUAUAAGGGAAUUGGUUAAUACAUUUAGGGAUUCGGAAAGAUGAGUGAUAAUCUAAUGGACAAAGUUAACGCGCUCGGGGAGCGUCUUAAGAUUGGUGGAUCGGAGGUCGGUCAGAAGAUUACUGCGGGAAUGAGUUCGAUGAGUUUUAAAAUGAAGGAGUUUUUUCAAGGUCCGAAUCAAGCUGACAAUCUUGUGGAGGAAGCAACUGCAGAGACGCUAAAUGAGCCGGAUUGGGCGACUAAUCUUGAACUGUGUGACAUGAUUAAUACUGAGAGGAUUAGUAGUAUUGAUAUGAUACGUGCGAUAAAGAAAAGGAUUAUGUUGAAGAAUGCUAGGAUUCAGUACUUGACUUUGGUGUUGCUUGAGACUGUUGUCAAGAACUGCGAGAAAGCAUUUUCGGAAGUUGCUGCGGAAAGAGUGCUUGAUGAGAUGGUGAAGUUGAUUGAUGAUCCGCAGACGGUUGUUAAUAAUCGUAAUAAGGCUUUGAUAUUGAUUGAAGCUUGGGGUGAGUCAACUGAGGAGCUUCGAUAUCUGCCUGUUUAUGAAGAGACAUACAAGAGCUUGAAAUCAAGAGGUAUACGAUUCCCUGGUCGUGAUAGCGAGAGCUUGGCUCCAAUAUUUACCCCUCCUCGUUCAAUUCAGCCUCCAGAAGUAUAUCCCGUCCCCCCACAGCAGGUUCAUCAGGAGAUGCCGAUUCAGAUUCAAAGCUUGUCACCCGAACAAACAAAGGAAGCCUUUGAUGUGGCACGGAACAGUGUUGAGCUUCUAUCCACUGUUCUAUCUUCUUCACCACAGCAGGAUGCUUUGCAGGAUGACUUGACCUCAACACUAGUACAGCAAUGUCGCCAGUCCCAGCUUACUGUUCAGAGAAUAGUGGAGACAGGAGGAGAUGACGAGGCUCUGCUCUUUGAGGCCUUGAGUGUGAAUGAUGAAAUCCAGAAAGUUCUGUCAAAGUAUGAAGACAUGAAGAAACCUAAUGAGGUACACCGUGAGCCACCCGCCAUGAUUGCUGUUGCUGCUGAGCCUGACGAGCCACCUCAUGUUGGGAAAGAAGAGUCAUUGGUCAGAAAGCCUGCAGGGUCUCGUGGCAACAACAACAAUGAUGAUAUGAUGGAUGAUCUUGAUGAAAUGAUCUUUGGAAAGAAAGGUGGUGGCUCCUCCGAACCUAAAAAGGAUAAACCAUCCAAAGACGAUCUUAUUAGUUUUUAGGCUUUCUACCACACAUCGAAAUUUGUCUCACUCAGGUUGUGAUGAACAUGAAUUUAGGUUCUUUUUUAUGUUCUUUGUUCUUUUUUCAAUUUAUCGGUGUGGGGUCAUAUUUGGAGCUUUUACCAUUGUUAAUUACAAGCAUCAUGGACAAAGCUAGUUGUUGCCUGAACCAUUGCUAUGCUUUCACACUAUAGAUACAAAUGGUUAUGUGAUGUGUUGUUCA